GUCCUUCGACAAGUUCUUCGAAUUUUAAAUUUCAUGAUCUUUUUGAUCUGUUUUGUAUCUGUCUAUUGCCUGAGCUUCUGCAGACAAUGGUGACCGGUUGAGUUAUCUCAAUCUCUGUCUCGCGUAUACGUUAGUACAACGCAGAGAGUGUGGUUGAUUGCAUGGUCAUCUCUCAACAUUCAAUUUGUGCGUCCCGAAAUUAAUCUCUCCACUGAUUCAUUACAAUGAAUUUUCCGCCUUUGAAAAAUGACAACGUGCUACGAGCAGCCCGCGGGGAGCCGGUGGAUCGUGUUCCGGUAUGGGUUAUGCGACAAGCCGGUCGGUAUUUGCCUGAAUUUCAGGAAGUCCGCGCUACGCAUGAGUUUUUCGAAGUCUGCCGUACUCCAGAGCUGGCUUGCGAAGUGACCAUGCAACCACUGCGACGGUUCGAUCUCGACGCUUCCAUCAUCUUCUCGGAUAUUCUCGUUAUCCCGCAAGCACUGGGAAUCACGGUGGAGAUGAAGAAAGGUGUUGGCCCAGUGCUUCCAGAGCCGUUGGUUACCCCUGCCGAUCUGGAACGGCUUAACCAGACGGGAACCAUUGAAAGACUGAAUUAUGUGGGCGAUGCAAUUACCAUGAUGCGCCAUAUGUUGGAUGGAAAAGUGCCUUUGCUUGGAUUCACCGGAGCUCCAUGGACUCUGAUGGGUUAUAUGAUUGAGGGAGGAGGCAGCAAAACCAUGUCAAAGGCGAAAGCCUGGCUUGCGGAUUAUCCAGAAGCAAGCCAUCAACUGCUGAACAUCCUAACCGAUCAAGUGGUCAAUUAUCUUGUGAUGCAGGUCAAAGCUGGCGCUCAAAUGCUUCAGGUUUUCGAAUCCAGCGCCGAACAUUUGUCCAAGGAGCAAUAUAUCACCAUCGCUAUGCCAUAUUUGAAGCGAAUUCGGGACGAUCUGCAAAAGAAGCUUUCCGACGAAGGAAUCGAUGCUGUUCCACUUGUACUUUUCUCCAAAGGUGCUAUGCAUUCUCUGCCAGAGCAGGCACAACUCGGUUACGAUGUCAUCGGAUUGGACUGGACAAUCGAUCCUCAUGAAGCACGUAAAUUGGUGGGACCAGAUGUGACGCUACAAGGCAACCUGGAUCCACAGGAUAUGUACAAGCCCCUCGAGGAACUGCGCGAAUUGGUUCUGACAAUGGUGAGGAAGUUUGGAAAGCACAGAUACAUUGCGAAUUUGGGCCAUGGAAUUACGCCACAAACGCCGAUCGAGAGCAUGAGUGUGCUGGUCAAAGCAGUCCAUGAGGCGUUAUGAGCGAUGUAAACUUUAUCAUUUUGUUGUUUAUAUAGUUGGGUUAGGUGCAAACAUGUUGCAUUUCGUAUAAGCGAAUUUGUGAAUUAUCGAUGUAAUCGGAAAUAUAUAAAAUGAGGAAAAACAA